CUUCUUUGAUCGUAAGGUUGCACAACUGUCACUAACUCAGCACUAACAAAGCCAAGUCCAUUGUGAUAGGGUGGUUCGCGAAACCCAUCUGCUUACGCGUGAGACAAACAUCUGACAAGGCUGGGCUACCCCUCCAAGCCCAUAUAUUUACCCCAAUCUCACCCACUUUUCUACUCCCUCUGUCAAUUGCAAUUGCCAGCACCUUCUUCCUCAAACACAAUGGCAUCCAUCGUCUACCCCGACCUGGCUAAAAAAGCCACUCUCUCCGAUGGCACCACCUACGGAUACGUCUCCGUCCCCGCCACGGAGGGAAAACCCACCUUCCUGUUCCUUCACGGUUACCCCUCCACCAGCUAUGACUGGCGUCACCAGAUCGCUUUCCUGCAGAAAGGGGGAUACGGUGUAAUUGCGCCCGAUUUGUUGGGUUACGGCGAUACCGAUAAGCCGACGGAUCUGAAAGCGUAUCGGCUCAAGGUGAUGAGCCAACAUGUGAUCGAAAUACUCGAUCGUGAGAAUGUCUCUCGUGCGGUGCUGGUCGCGCAUGAUUGGGGCGUCGGUCUCGCCUCCCGCGUGGCCUAUUACUAUCCCCAGCGAUUCUACGGUUUCGUGAGCAUUGCAGUCGCGUAUAAUAUCCCUGGACCGAAAUUCGAUCUCGACGCUCUCCUCAAACACACCGAAUCCAUCUUCGGCUACCCCGUCUUCGGCUACUGGCUCUGGCACAACACCGACGAAGCAGCCGAUGAAAUGGCAGCUCAUCCCGAAUCCGCUUUCUCCCUCAUCUUCCCCCAAGACCCUGCGACGUGGAAAACCGACCUCGCUCCCAUCGGUAAAGCAGCCGAAUGGGUCCGCUCCGGCAAGACCACCCCUCUCCCUUCUUGGCUCACCCAGGAAGACUACGAUAUCCAUCAUCGCGUCUUCUCGAAGGGUGGUUACGCCGGCCCGCUGUCGUGGUACAAGGCCGCGAUUCGCGGCAUCAAUACUGAAGAUGAAGCGGGCAUCGCGGAAGGAGAGGGUAAAUUGACCGUGAAGUAUUUGUACAUCGCUGCUAAGCAGGACUAUGUCUGUCGGAUGGAGGUAGGAUCGCAUGUGACGGAAAAGAAUACGACGGAUUCGAGGAUCGAGGUGGUGGAUGCGGGUCAUUGGGUGCAGCUGGAGAAGCCGGAUGUUGUGAAUGAGUUGUUGAUUAAGUUUGCGGAGGAGGUUGUCACUAAUUAGUUUACCUUCUUAGACUGCUUGAGCAUGCAGCUACUCAUAGGUAAUCUAUCUACCUAUCUAUCAAUCAAUCAAUCAAUCAAUCAUGUACAUG